AUGGAGGGCCAGGCUCGACUCAGAUUGAGAGUAGUUUGUCGCGAAAGCGAUAUUCAGAAGUCUAGAGCAACUACGCUUUCGGAUCGCUGGGACCUCCAGGAGCGGACUGGACUCUUCCUCCUCCUCCUCCUCCUCCUCCUCCUCCCGCUCCUUGAGCGGCAGGGCGCUUGGGGCGCCGGAUUUCAGUCCAGGUCCAGCCAUUUCUCGGACGGUGCCGUCGGGCAAAUUGGAGUCCCCCGAACUCGGGCCCUCCGUCUCCCCAGACACAUCAGCGAGCGCGCCAUCGCUGUCCUGGACCCCGACGAGUUCUUCCUCCAGCCGCUGACGCAGCGCGCCGAGCACCCCGCCGAUGGUCCGUUCGAGAUCCUCCACGGGUACCCGGAGCGGCUGAGGCACCAGGUGACGGACGUUGUGCAGCCCGGAUGGGGCGUGGCGCAGAAGUACGGCAUCGGCGCUGCGUUCCUCCAUAAGUUCGACCAGCGCGCGAUCUGCCCUGGUGGGGCCGCCAGCCCGUGCGCCAACAUGACCAGUGAGCUGGGCGAGCUGUACUAUCCAGCGGGGCCGCCGUACAUCCUGCACAACGCGGACUUCAAGAAGGUCAUGCCGACGUGGUGGGAGCUCAUGAAGCCGGUCUACCAGCAGGACCGGGGCGACAUCCAGGCCGACAUGUACGCGUACGUGUACGCCGCCGUCCACCACAACGUCAAGCACGUCAUGCUCGAGAACUACAUGGUCUCGAACGUCGACAUGGGGGUGGAGGGCGGCGGCGAGGCCUGGAAGUUCGUCGACGCGCUCGAGAGCAUGUCGUGCCACAACCCGGAGAAGGCGCUGGAGGGGCGGAAGCGCCCAGGUUUCGUGCAUGCUGCUGGCCACUACAAGGCGUGCACCAAGGGCGACCAGAUCGGUUACGACGCCGGCGGCUGCCCUGAGGACGGCUCCGACUUGUGGAAUUUCCACAAGGGCCACGUGCCAUCCACCAUCUUGAGCUGCAACGAGCCGCUCCUCAUGCCACCGCCGGACGACUUCUUCAACGUGCAGGCCGCUGCACACAACUUGCGCAGCAAGCGUACGGCUUUCAUGAUCUGCCACCUCACGUUCAUGGUCAACCGCGCAGCCCUAGACUACAAGAACAAGUUUUGCGAGUCUGGCUUCAAUGCCAAGGAGUGCACGCGUCUCAUCGUUCAUGCAAGAUCACCAGGCAGUUCUCUAUCGAACCCGUUCGGCUACCCUCUCGCCAGGGUAGACCAGGAAUGCAACAAGUAG